AUGUCGCGAGCGGAGCCUGCGCAGCUGGUACCCAUCAACGAUGUGCAGCCGUCGCUCUUUGCCGGUCGCAAGCUGCGCGUGGCAGGCACAGUGACCGCUCUCGCCAGCAGCACACUGCUCAUCCUCUCGGACCUGCAUCCCCGCACCGGCCACCCGCCCAGCUCGGUGCUUGUGGACCUUUCCCUCUGCGCCGUCCCCUCGCCACCACUCAAGACCCCACUCAUGGUACUCGGAACGCUCACUCGGCGCUCAACGCCCAUCGACCUCGCGUUUGCCACUGCACCCGCACCCAUCCCUCCCAUCGACGCCCAAGUCGCCGCGACCGUGUUUCCGCUGCGCACCGACAUCCAGCUGCCCAGCCGCUUGUUUGUGCUCGAGGCGCUGGUGUGCAAACCGCUCGACCACACGUUUGACUUGGCGCUGUGGAACCACGCUGCGCGACUGCGCUCUCACGCCGACUGGGACAUGGCACUGAACAUUGCGCCUCACGGCUCGUAG